AAGAGAGAGAGGAUUCAUUCACAGAGAAGCCGGUGGUGGUUAUUUUUAGUGGGAGGAGGUGACAGGCAGCAGACGCCUUUGCAAAACAUUCCCACAUCACUUCGCUCCACCUUGAAUUAACGCAGGAUGUCAGCGUAGCGCCGUGCGUAAAAGGAAAGGAAGCUGCGUGCGGCACCGCGGAGAGGAGACGUUUUACAGCCAAUUUCACCUCGUUUCUGGAGGAAAAAAAAAAAUUUCCACUCUGCUGAUUGCAAACGACGCAGAAGGUGUUCCUGAUUUUUCUGCACAGACGGAUCAGUGGAUCAGAUCGGACGCUUUGUUGCUGUUGAGGAUACAUUUGUUGGUUUUAUUAUUACUAGCCUGUUAUCUUUGGAGGUAGAGAGCUGCCUCCGUCAGGUGCAGAGAGAGAGAGAGAGAGAGAGAGAGCAUCAGAUCCGCCCAGCAGAGAUGGCGAAGGCAGACCAGCGUUUCGGCCAGCGGGACGGCUCCGACCAGAACUUUGACUACAUGUUCAAGCUGCUGAUCAUCGGCAACAGCAGCGUUGGGAAAACCUCCUUCUUGUUCCGCUACGCCGACGACUCCUUCAGCAACUCUUUCGUCAGCACCGUGGGCAUCGACUUCAAGGUGAAGACGGUGUAUCGUAACGACAAGAGGAUCAAGCUGCAGAUCUGGGACACGGCGGGACAGGAGCGUUACCGCACCAUCACCACGGCCUACUACCGCGGCGCCAUGGGCUUCAUCCUCAUGUAUGACAUCACCAACGAGGAGUCUUUCAACGCCGUCCAGGACUGGGCGACUCAGAUUAAGACGUACUCAUGGGACAAUGCCCAGGUGAUCAUGGUGGGCAACAAAUGCGACAUGGACGAGGAGAGAAUCGUACCUCCAGAGAAAGGAAAACACCUCGCCGAACAGUUAGGCUUUGAGUACUACGAGGCGAGCGCCAAGGAGAACAUCAACGUGCGGCAGGUCUUCGAGCGCCUGGUGGACAUCAUCUGUGUGAAGAUGUCUGAGCGUGUGGACGUGGAAGCGCCAGUGGCUCCCGGCACCAAGACCACCAGACUGACCGACAAGCCCGCCCAGCUACCUCAGAAGUGCUGCUGAUCAUCCGACCGUCCAUUCAUCCCUCCGCUGUCGCCUCGUCCUUGACCUUCCCCCCCCAAAGCUCUCGAGAAAAAGAAAAAAAAAACAGAUUAACUAUUGUAACAUUCCUCAACACACUCUCUGCUUCAGUCCAUGUUUGUGAGCAGUCAAUAAUCACUAUGCCUACUGCGAUUUAUAUAGCCAGUUUCAUCCCCUUCCCGUUCCCAAGUAUCCGAGGUUGGUCCUUACGAAGCCGGAGCAGUAAGGGUGGCAGUGUACUCCGAACAAAAUUUAAUUUGACGUGUUUGAGAAGGUUGUAAAGCCAAGCUAGAAUAUGUAGCCUAAUACGAGGAGGAGAAUAAAAGCCUGGUCACACCAGAAAGUGUCAAAGCAAAGUUCAUCCAUGCGUCCUCGCCAAAUAGGUCAUGCCAGAGGUUUGGUGAUGAGAGAAUAUUUGCAGGGAUAGUUGGCUGCUAACACGUUAGCUAGCGAAAACAUGUUAGCACUAGUCAGUUACAAUGAUUCUCCAAGCUAGUUAGCUUGGUUGCUAACGGGAUAAUAAGUUUGGACAUUUUAUGUGAGAGACGUAUUUGUAUCAUCAUUUCUGCAAACCAUAUCUCUAGUGUGAAAGAGGUUAUUGUCUGACAGAAGAUGGUUAUAUUAAAGAUGAAGGAAUGAGUCCUAACACCUGGAAAUUAGUUAACAUCUUAGCACUUUCGGUUCCCUUGUCUCGAAGUUGAUUGUUUUUUUGAAUGGGUUUUUAGAUAGAUGCCUGAAAUAAGGUCUGUGGUUAACACAAGCUUAAGAGAUUUUAACGUUUUGUUCUACGAUAUAUAAAAUACGUCAGUAGAUAUCCCACUCGUGAAUUUUGAAACUUUUAUGUGUCUUCAAAAAGGCGGUUGCUAAUAAGUGGCUAAAUGUGACUACAAAACGUCAUCACGCCGACUCGUCUGCCUUUACAGCCUUGUUGUGAAUACUCGCGGUUCAUGCCACUACGGUGUAGUUUGUUUAUAGCCUAGCAUUCAUUUGUGGAGAUUAUCUUGCUGGAAAAAAUGUGUAUCAUAAACGUGUGUUUGCUACAAAGAUUAUUUUCUGCAAAAAUCCAAAACCCAAUGGAAAAAUCACAUUGACUUUUUGUCAAGGGAACUCGUGUGAUGCUAAUUUCUGGGUUAACCUACAAAAAUAAGUAACCACUCUAUAAGCUACGAAAGCUUCCUUUGUUUUGAAAUCGUUGGCUCUAUAAGAUAGCUUGCCAUUGGCCAAUGGUGCAAAUUUGUGUGUCAAAAUUCACCAAAUUUCAACUUGACCAUCCAAUGAUCGCAGCGAUUCCAUUGAAAUAUGCUGGUGUGACCAAGCUUUAAAGCUGGAAUUAUGCUUCUGCAAAGACACAUGUAAAUGUCUCCUAGCAGAAAAAGGUGUUAUGGGUAACCGUCAGUCAUGGGGAGACUAAGUAUCAACAAGGUAUACGGUAACCUACAGCUAAAAAAAAGGCCUCCAAUUAUGUGGCAUUGUUAAAUUCCAGGUGAAAAGCAACAAUAAUUCUGGUGGUGUAAAACUUUUGAGAUGUAUAGGCCAACACCUGACUAGCCCUCGCACACUACCCCAAGCUGAAUGCGGUGCUUCAUUUUAGAUACACAACCAUAGAGAGACGCCAAAUUAGAUUUUGUUGAGAGUGCAUUGCUGAGCAGAGCUGGCAGCAGGGUCCACAGGUAAGCACAGCACUGCCUCUCCUCUCAAAGUGUAGCACAACGAGAAACUCACACCACAGCUGCUCAUGUUUCACAAGUUUACAGGUCGCAGUCGUUCACCCGCGAGUCAUCCGCCGAAAAACAUCAGUUUAGAUCUGCUUCUCGAAUAGCUAGUUAUAGUGAGUCCACUCGAAUACAAUAUGCCUAUAGCCUAACUAACUGUUACUGGCCUUACUUAGUGCUGUUUGUGGCUUGAAAGACGCUUUAGGGCUACACCACCAAAGCACAACUCCCGGGCAGGGCUGCAGCAGAAAUCCUCCGAGUCAAAGACUGGAACGGGUCGAGUCCAAGACUGACACAAGUCAGUCCAAAAACAUGAAUGACAUUACGGGUCUAAUGCUGCUCUGUAGCAUAAAGUGAAACAGAGUGCCUCCUGAUGUUCCAACAGGGUUCAUUUAGAUUAGUAGUGUUGGUAUUGGGUAGAGUUAGUUAUGAGACAAAUCAUUAUGUACUGGAACAAUCAUCAAACAACUAUCAUAUUUGUUUGUGUGUUCCAGGCAUGGAAGGAUUACUGAAUGGGCCUAACACGUGCUGGCCCAAGGGCCCAAUAGAUCAGUGGGCCCAGAACUGAAGUCCAUUGAUAAUGAAGAUAGUUGUUUGUUGCAGCCGUAGAUCUGAUGAGCACUUUGUUUGAGGACUUAAGAUCAGCCCUGUUGUGCAUUCUCAAUCCUUGACUUUCCAGGAGUAAAUGACCAACUUCUCAAAGUUCAGAAACCAAACUGGACAUUAAAAAAACAAAGAAAGAUAAACUAGGUCCAAGACCCAGAUCAGACCCAACCGUCUCCUCUCCAGACUGCCAGAGACUCGACCCUAGACUGCCGCUGAGCGCUGCAGCCCUGCUUCAUGGUGGCUUACAGCUUUUGCACUGGCCGACUCAAUCCAACGCCAUACUGAGGGUGUUUUAUACUCACGCACACAUGUGAGCAGAGCUGAUGAGUGAAGAGCACAUGGUUCUCUCCUUCCCCUUUUAGCAAGGUGUAGUCACGUAGUCGUCAUGUUCGCAGUGUUUCCUACAUGAACGUGAGUGUGUAUGUGUGUGUGUGCGUGUGAUAUUAGAGCCAACAUUGUGUUGCAUAUGGUUAUCAUAUUUAUUGCGUGUUCAGUUGUAAGGGUUUUUUGUGUUUGUGUACAGUAUCUUUGACGGAAGUGUGAUAUUUUGAUAAUGUCAUGUCAGCUGAGAUACAGUACGUGUGUGUUUUCGAAAGACUUCAAGAAAAAAAGGGAAGACAAGGAGAAAAAAAAUUGUGCAUUUAUUAUUAAAUAUUGAAGAUAGGAAUAAACAAUAUCCUGCCAAAUUGUUAUAUAGCUAUACCACAGCGCACGUUUUUGUGUGUAACUCCCCACCAUGUGUCUUCAUAUUGAUAAAAGAAACAUACAAUAAUAUUGACAUUGUCUUCAUAUGAUUAUUUUUUAAGUGAAUUUGUAAAUGAUAGAUUUAGAAAUUAUAAUGGUGUUGAGUAUGAAUUUAUUUUUUAUGCUGUGUAUACCAUGGACAAAAUAUAUAGAGAGUUUAUGUAAACUUGUUGUCUUACAAUUCACUCCUGUACAGGGGAGAAGCACAAAGUGAUUGUACAAAAUAUUGUGAAUGUUUGUAUAUUAUAGAUGCAAUUUAGUAUAAUAAAAAUCACAAUCUUUAAAUCAUAA